GGCCGCGGAGUGGCAGGAUGUCACGUGGGCGCUGCGCUGCAAAAGCGGGGCGUGCGGGAGCGGCGGCCACCUUGAGGGCAGCGCUUCGCGGCGGGGCAUCAUGCCGUACGUCCUCAUCAGUACGCAGAUCCGCAUGGAGGUUGGGCCCACCAUGGUUGGUGAUGAGCACUCUGACCCAAACCUGAUGCAAUACCUUGGGGCCACGAAAAGAAACAUGCUGGGGAACCAUUUCUGGGAAUACUAUGUGCACGAUGCCCCUCGGAUCGUUUUGGACAAGCUGGAGAAGCGUGGUUAUCGUGUGAUCAGCAUGACGGGAGUGGGCCAGACACUGGUGUGGUGCCUCCACAAAGAAUGUACAGAGAACUCUGAUUUUCUCUCUGCCCAAGAUAUUGCUGUAAAUCACCCAGCAUAGUCCUGCCUUCAUUUUCCAGCGUGUUACUCGUUUUAAGGCAUUAUGAAACAUAGGUACCACUACCACAAGCGCAUCAUAGGAAGGUGGCCCAGUUAGGGCUGGCGUUGGCCUGAAGAGAUCAAUCCUUUUUGAGCAUUAAUUGGAAUGCCAGUCCAGAACUGCCAAUAUAGCAGCAUUAUCCUCAUUUGUUCCUGUUGAAUGAUGAAAAGCUGGCAUUAAAGUAACUCUCUCAGGCUAGAGUGGCUGCGGGGAGAAAAGGCCAAGCUUAUAAGUUUGUUACUUUGCUGAGAAAGGGGCGGGUGCUGCUGCAGAACAAGUUGAUCACCAGUAAGCACAGCAUAUCUCUAAACUGAAAAUAAUCUAGGCUGUACUCAAAUUAAGGAGUAUGAAUAGAAUCCUGAAUGUGGUUUUUUUUAGUUACCCCUUCUAUACGCAAAGUGGAAAAUGGAGGCGAAAGGUCCUGUAAAUAUUUGAACAUCAGUUUUGUAAUUGUACCAGUCCACUCAUUGCUGGGAUUAUUUGGAGCUGUGUUUAUGCAGUAAGCCGUUCUUAAAAUAGCUGGCAAAAUAAAAUAAUUUAACAAACAGA